AUGGAUCCAAAUUCAAAAAUUCAACGAAUUCAUCAUAGCCCUUUCAAUCUCACGACUGGUACGCCUACCCAAUUUCGGCCUAUUUAUUCACCACCGGUAUACCCCUUAACGCCACACUCACCGAUAGAAAAGAAAAAGGAUAACUUUAUUCCUGAUUUACUUUCUGCAGCACUUCCGAAAGGAUUGUCUUCCUCGAGGCAUUCUGUGGUAGACGAAAGGAAUAUUUCGAGAAGUACGCGGGAAAUACCAUCGACUCAUGAUCAACCUUUCAAACACGAUAAAUCAUUGCGACUUUCUGGUAGUACGGAGAAAAAUGAUAACAAAAAAUCACCUAGAAUUCCAACUACUCGUAACAUUUCGAACCAAGCAGCAAUAGCAAUGAAUUCAUGUUUUCCGGAAACUAGUGAGCAAGUGUUAACGGCACAUGAAUUAUCUCGAGAAAUACCGAAGUUUAACAAAAGCUCAAAGGAAGAUAAGAAACAGCAUUUCACUGAGGUUCCCAGAAAAUCCUUUGAUACCCGUUCAGAAGAAAUUCGAUCACGAAAAACGCUUUCAAGUUUGCAACAGCUAAAUAGCAGUUGUUUCAUAAGCGAACAAGAACCGAAAGAUCUAAGGUCCUGCCCGGCAGAUGUACUGUUAGAAUCGGAAAAGAAGAGCUCCACCGUUUCCGAAAAAAGUCGUGCAUUAUCACAUAAACGAAAAUUCGGAUUAUUACCACCCACACCAAGUAUAAUAUCUUGUUCACCUAAACAACACUCAACAGAUCGUGAUGAAGAAAGUAUCAUUUCACAACCAUCCACCGUAUCAGAAGAAUCAUUAUCAGAGGUUCGCAAAGAUGCGCACAUAGCAUCUAAAAAAACACCAAGAUUAAUUCGAUCACAUUUCGGAAGAUUGCCGCUGCAAGAUCGAUCAAUGAAAUCUGGGUUCAUUGAUCAAUCAAAAUCGGAACCUCAAGUGCAAACGACACAUAUCGUCAUUCCCAUAUCUACUGAUAUGUACAAAUCAUUUGGUUCAAAUGCGCCAACGGUGCGACAAACAUCUGCAUCGAAGCCAAUUGUAGUGAAAAAGAUCUCAUCAGUUUCCAGUAAAUUGGCUAAAAAUGAAUCUGAGGCUAACAAGACAAAAGGAACUUCUGUAAUAAUUCAAUCGAAAGACGAGAAAAAUUUCACCAUUCAACUAAAUAUAAACUUACAAAUAAAGAAUAAAGAAGAUGAAUCAAAUAAAAAGCAUAGCCUUAAACCGGAACGUGUGCUAGUGAGAGGUCGGGAAGUAUACCGGAAAAAGGAUGGCUAUCGACUGUGA